AUGCGGCUAACCAGCGGACCCAGGAUAUGCUUCGUCCAUCAGCCCAACUACUAUCUCCCCCCAACAGAAACUGGACAGGGCAGUCGUGACUACAUGGUCCCAUACCGCGUAUUUAUAGGUCUGCUGGUUUCAGCCUUGAAGAUUCCGCUUACAACAGCUUGGUGCUUUCCACGAUGGCACAAUGAAUACCACCGAAGGUCAGGUAAAGGCCGUUUUAGCCUUCCGCAAGGGCUUCAAGAGCUGCAUGCCCAGUCGUUCCGUGAAAGACACAUGAAAGCUCCCAUCUUCACCAGCAAGAUUGAAACCCCUACUCCUGAACCUACCGUGGAUAAGGCAUUGCGCGACUGGCUUCGGAGUCUUUAUAAAGGCAAGAGCGGGGGCUUGGAGAAGCUUGAUCCUCCACUGCCCUCUGUUAUCGACAAGGGUGAAUGGAUUGCCGUCGAGAACGAAGCAAAAGACUCAGACGCCCUGCAGCCCAGUGUUAAUGACCACGAGGCUUUCAAAGCAAUACAGACAAGCAGCACAAGUGAUGAGACCCUUCUCUAUCUGUCGGGAAGGCGCAUGUUUCGUGCUGACCCUCCUGGCGUGCGUCCAUUGCACACUCAACUCUGCAAGCGCAGUGGGUCGCGGGUCUUUAGCUUUCAGUACCGACUCGUUCCGCAGCAUACCUUGCCGACUCUUCUCCUCGACGUCCUCGUUGCCUAUUUUUACCUCCUCUCCCCGCCUCCCGGGUUCUUCCAUGAGUCCAUAGACCCAGAGAAGCUGAGUAUCGUCGGGGAAUGGGGGUUGCAAUCCUCCACCUUCACCUGCUCCAAGUCAUUCAAUCGCUGA